UCCCUGCUCCACUCCUCUCUUCUCUCUCUUCCUCUACUUAAAAGCCGGGGUACCUUCUCCAUUAUUACUGAGAAGUAGUUUAUCCUUUUUUUCUUGGUGCAAUGGCGACCACCCAAAUCCUUCUCUCUCUACUCACAGUAACACUAAUGAGCUCCUCUAUUUUUCUUCUUCUUCCAACAACCCAUCUGGAUCUGAGUAAUGCCAAUUCACUCAAGAAUUGUGGGUUUGAUCGGAUAUAUCAAUUUGGGGAUUCAAUCUCAGACACGGGCAAUUUCAUUCGUGAGAGCGAAGCUGGUGCCGCCUCGUCGUUCGCUAAGCUUCCCUACGGCCAAACUUUCUUCAACAAGGCCACCGGUCGUUGCUCCAACGGACGCCUGAUGAUCGACUACUUUGCUAUGGCAGCCGAUCUUCCGUUUCUCAAUCCUUACCUGAAUACUAAUGGGGACUUUAGACAUGGAGCAAAUUUCGCAGUUGCCGGCUCUACUGCAUUAUUGGUUGAGGUUUUGGUGAACAAGAGUAUUCCAACCAUGUCAACCAACAGUUCGCUUAGCGUACAAAUUGAUUGGAUGUCCACACAUUUCAAUUCCAUCUUCCAUAAGAGAGACUAUGUGGAGAAGCUAAAGAACUCUCUAUUCAUGGUUGGAGAGAUUGGAGGGAAUGAUUAUAAUUAUGCUCUUAUAGAAGGUGGCAAAACCACUGAGGAGGCAAAGAGCAUUGUACCUGAGGUUGUUCGAGCCAUUAUGGAUGUUGUUAGAAGAGUCAUCCAUUAUGGAGCUGUCCGCGUGGUUGUCCCUGGGAAUUUUCCUGUAGGUUGUUUUCCAAUCUAUCUUACAGUAUUCCAAACCAAUGACUCAGCUGCCUAUGAUGAACAUUACUGCUUGAAACAAUUCAACGAACUCACGAUGUAUUACAAUGAUCACUUACAACAAGCCAUCGAAGAGUUGAAACAUGAAUACCCAAAUGCAGUUAUCGUGUACGGUGAUUAUUACAACGCUUUCCAGUGGCUUCUCCGUUUUGCUCCACAUCUUGGUUUUGAUCCUAGUUCUUUCCUGAAACCUUGUUGUGGGACUGGAGGUGAUUACAAUUUCAGUCUAACCAAAUGUUGCGGAGAUCCAGAGGUUGAAAUAUGUCCAAACCCAAAUCAGCGUAUCAGUUGGGAUGGAGUUCAUUUGACUCAAGAGGCUUAUAAGAUUUUGGCUGAAUGGCUCAUUCAUGACAUCUUGCCUGAGCUUCAAUGCUUUGUUUAAGUUAGUUUUGAUUCCACUAGGCUAACAUUUGAGAUGGUUAAUAAGAUAGCAGACUAUUUCAUUCCUUUUUUGACCAUUAAUAGGCUUGAAAAGGAGAUUUCAUUGAAUACAUGGUGGUGGUAGUUUUUUUUUUUUUGGUCAAUAUGAUUAAAUAAACAAUUUCAUUUAGCUAUAUAUAGAAGGAUUUAUGUUGUGUUUGAAUAAA